AUGUGGAACGACAGCGAGUGUUGGGACGAUGAUAGUAGUUCCCAGAUACCCUAUGUACCGCAACCGAGCAUGCCGGAAUCGACCGCACCGUCGCAUAGACCAAAGCGGUCAGAAAAGGAUGCUGAUAGUCGCGAUAAAUGGUCACGAGGUGAAGUUUCGAGGUCAUACGGUGGAGGCGGAGAUCGUGUCCGGAUAGAGGUGCAGAGUCAUAUCAUUCCAAAAAUUAUUGGAAAACGAGGUGCCACUGUUCAGGACUUACGGAACCGAACGAAUACACGCAUCGAUAUUGAUAACGAUCGGUCCAAUGGCGGUGGUACGGGUACGAUAACGAUAUCCGGUGAUCCAGCGAAUGUUAGAGCGGCUGAAAGAGCCAUACAGGAUAUAAUAAAUGGAGGCGGAAGGGAAAACUCGCGAAGUUUUGAUCCGGCUGCUAGAUCAGGGUUCAGGAGAGGCUCGCCGAAUGAGCAGCGCAGUAGCUGUGAUCAUCGUAGCAACCGUUAUGACAGUGCCACUGGAGGAGGUGGAUGGUCCAAGACUAGCGAUAGUAGUUCUUAUAGGGGUAUUGAUGAUAAUAGUGGUGGUAGUCGAGGUCGUGAUAGAGGGAACAACGAUUUUUACAAUUCCGGCCAACGCACGACUAGCGACCGCGGUAAAACUCAUUACUCAUACCGUUCCGAUGCGUACGAAAGUGACGAAAUCAUCGAUUGGGAUUCUGUAAACAAAGCAUCCGACGAUGCUGCUAAGGAACGAUGGGCCAAGUGUCCACCGCUUGUGAAAGCAUUCUACAAUGAGCGCAAAGAAGUGGCCGAAAUGAGCCCUGCCGAAGUGGCCGCAUUCCGUGAGGCUAACAAAAACAUCGUCGUGGAACGCACCUUUAAGGAAAAGGGCGCCAAGAGUAAACCGAUCCCAAAUCCGGUGUGCGAGUUUCAUCAAGCAUUUGGAGAUUUUCCCGAAUUGAUGGACGAACUGCGUAAACAGAACUUUAUCAAACCGUCGCCGAUUCAGGCUCAAGCUUGGCCGGUGCUGUUGCAAGGUGAAGAUUUGAUUGGCAUCGCACAGACCGGUACGGGCAAAACGUUAGCCUUUCUGCUGCCCGCGUUUAUUCACAUCGAGGGACAGCCGGUUCCGCGCGGUAGCCGUGGUGGACCGAAUGUGCUGGUGCUGGCACCGACACGGGAACUUGCGCUUCAGAUCGAGAAGGAGGUGACGAAGUAUCAGUUCCGUGGCAUAAAGGCCGUCUGUCUGUAUGGUGGUGGUGAUCGAAAGGCACAGAUCAAUGUUGUCCGGGGUGGUGUGGAGAUACUGAUUGCCACACCGGGCCGUUUGAACGAUCUCGUGCAGGAGGGUGUGGUGGAUGUAACGAGCAUCACGUACCUCGUGCUGGACGAAGCUGACCGUAUGCUGGACAUGGGUUUCGAACCGCAGAUCCGCAAAGUACUGUUGGAUGUGCGCCCGGAUCGACAAACGGUAAUGACUAGUGCCACGUGGCCGGAUGGUGUGCGCCGGCUCGCACAAAGCUACAUGAACAAUCCAAUUCAGGUGUACAUCGGUACACUCGAUCUGGCGGCCACUCACACCGUCACGCAGCUGAUCGAGGUGAUUGAUGAGGAGGACAAGUUCCAUCGCAUCAAUGAAUUUGUGCGCGACAUGCAGCCAACGGAUAAGGUGAUCAUAUUCUGUGGCAAAAAAACGCGUGCCGAUGAUCUGUCGUCCGAGUUCAUUUUGUCCGGCAUCCCGUGCCAAUCGAUUCACGGUAAUCGGGAGCAGGCCGAUCGCGAGCAAGCACUGGAAGACAUUAAGAGUGGCGCAGUGUCCAUACUCAUUGCCACGGAUGUGGCAUCCCGCGGGCUUGAUAUCGAGGACAUAUCGCACGUGGUGAACUAUGACUUUCCCCGUAACAUUGAAGAGUACGUACAUCGAGUAGGACGUACGGGACGUGCUGGGCGGAGCGGCAUUUCACUUAGCUUUAUGACACGAUCCGAUUGGGCGGUGGCGGCAGAAUUGAUCAAAAUCUUGGAGGAAGCGAAUCAGGAAGUGCCGUACGAGGUGCGGGACAUGGCGACAAGGUUUGCGGCCCGUCAGGAUCGUGGUGGUGGUGGUCGCGGCGGAAGGUUCAGAGGAAAUCGUCGAUGGUAG